CUAAUAACUCGGGCCAGAGUCUUGAGCAUCACAGAGGGAUCUCCAUGCACUGUGCGCGCUCCAGCACUAAGAAAACCAUCUGCAGAGCAUAAACCACCAAUUCUCCCGGAAAAACUGCAGAGCUCUGUACGAGGGUCCCGCACCACAAACAGCAACUGUGAACCCGGCCAGCGGGUCAGAACCAAGGACAGCGGCUGUGGAGCCCAACUCUAGGGGUUCAGCACCAGGGACAGCGCCUGCGGAGCAAAGUACUUGGGUUCAGGACCACAAACAGCGGCUGCGGAGCACAGUACUUGGGUUCAGGGACAGUGGCUGCGGAGCCCAGUACUUGGGUACAGGACCACGGACAGCGGCUGCGGAGCACAGUACUUGGGUUCAGCACCCGGGACAGCGGCCAUACUGGAGGACAUGAGGUUAUGAGGCAGGAUGAUGGGCCUUCUCUUCAUGCAGCUCUGCCUGCUUGGGUUCCUGAGACGGAGUGUGGGCACAGACACAGAGGAACGGCUGGUGGAAUACCUUUUAGAUCCUUCUCGAUACAACAAACUCAUCCGUCCGGCAACCAACGGCUCCGAGCAGGUCACCGUGCAGUUGAUGGUCUCCUUGGCACAGCUCAUCAGUGUCCAUGAGCGGGAGCAGAUAAUGACGACCAAUGUGUGGCUGACUCAGGAAUGGGAGGAUUAUAGGCUGACUUGGAACCCAGCAGAGUUUGACAACAUGAAGAAAGUGAGACUUCCCUCCAAACACAUCUGGCUGCCAGACGUGGUGCUCUACAACAAUGCCGAUGGCAUGUAUGAGGUGUCAUUUUACUCCAACGCUGUGGUCUCCUACGAUGGAAGUAUCUUCUGGCUGCCUCCUGCCAUAUACAAGAGCGCCUGCAAAAUUGAGGUGAAGCAUUUCCCUUUCGACCAGCAGAACUGCACCAUGAAAUUCCGCUCUUGGACUUACGAUCGCACCGAGAUCGAUCUUGUUCUGAAGAGCGACGUGGCCAGCCUCGAUGACUUCACGCCCAGCGGCGAGUGGGACAUCAUCGCUUUACCAGGCAGGAGGAACGAGAACCCGGACGACUCGACCUACGUAGACAUAACCUAUGACUUCAUCAUUCGACGUAAACCUCUGUUCUACACCAUCAACCUAAUUAUACCCUGUAUUCUCAUCACGUCGUUGGCCAUCUUGGUCUUUUACCUGCCUUCCGACUGCGGAGAGAAGAUGACGCUGUGCAUCUCGGUGCUGCUUGCGCUGACCGUCUUCCUGCUGCUCAUAUCCAAGAUCGUACCUCCGACUUCUCUGGACGUCCCGCUGGUGGGCAAAUACCUGAUGUUCACCAUGGUUCUGGUGACUUUUUCCAUCGUGACCAGUGUCUGCGUGUUAAACGUGCACCACCGAUCCCCCACCACACACACCAUGCCCCCGUGGGUCAAAGUGGUCUUCCUGGAAAAGCUACCAACUUUCCUUUUUAUGAAGCAGCCGAGGCAGAAUUGCGCCCGCCAGCGGCUUCGGCAACAGAGACAGAAUCAGGAGCGGGCGAGCGGCAGCUUUUUCCUACGAGACAGCGCCAAAUCCUGCACCUGCUACGUCAACCAGGCCACGGUGAAAAAGUACGGGGGGCAGCUGCCCGAGCUACCGGAGGGGGUGAACGGAUUCCGGGACCGGCAGGGCAAAGUCCGCCAGUGUCUGUGUGGCUUAGAGGAAGCCGUGGAGGGCGUCCGCUUCAUAGCCGAUCACAUGAAAAGUGAAGACGACGACCAGAGCGUGAGCGAGGACUGGAAAUAUGUUGCCAUGGUGAUCGAUCGACUCUUCUUAUGGAUCUUUGUGUUCGUCUGCGUGUUUGGGACAGUCGGCAUGUUUCUGCAGCCACUUUUCCAGAAUUACACGACAAAUACCCUGCUUCAGCUGAACCACGCUGCUCCCAAUUGACUGCUGGGGCGGCGCGGUCCCGGGACGGAAAGUUUGCUGCCAGUAGGAAAUACCCCGGACUCUCCAGCUAAGUCAUGCUUAGGGAACAGGGCCCUUCUCUCCUUCACUUAAAGAAUUAGUCUAACGCCCAGAUGCGAAGAACAGAAUCUUCCGCGUUCGGUUUCUUACCACGCGGCCGGCGGCUUUAGGGUUCACCGCAGAAAUCCCUGUGCACUUUUUUGAGAUUUUGGUAGACGGGGAUUACAUUUGAAUGUACGACCCGCUUUCAGUUCAAGCAAUAAAGUUACAAAGAACAGC